AUGACUUGUGUCCGUGCAUCCUCUCUUUCUAUUAUGUGGAAUGGGAAUAGAUUGGAUAGUUUUGCUCCUAGAAGGGGGCUUAGACAGGGCGAUCCAAUGUCUCCUUACUUAUUUGUGCUUUGUAUGGAAAGACUUGCCUGCUAUAUAUCUCAUAAGGUGGUCGAGGGUGUGUGGAAACCAGUUUCUGUCACUAGGGGUGGCCCAAAAUUUUCUCAUUUGAUGUUUGCAGAUGAUCUCUUACUCUUCUAUCAGGCUACAAAGAGUCAGGUCCAAAUGGUCAUGCAUUCUCUUAAUAUUUUUUGCAAGGCAUCUGGCAUGAAAGUGAAUCUUGAAAAGUCUAAAGCUUUUUGUUCUAAAAAUGUGACUGCUCGUAGAAGAGAUAUUUUUACUAGUGUUUCUUCAAUACGUUUUGCUUUGGACUUAGGAAGAUAUCUUGGAGUUAACCUUAAUCAUUCCCGUACCAGUAGGGCUUCUUUUCAUUCGGUGAUUGAAAAGGUGAGGGGAAGAUUAGCUAAUUGGAAAGGAAGGCUUCUAAAUAAAGCAGGGAGACUUUGCCUGAUCAAUUCUGUUGCAGCAUCCAUUCCUGUCUAUCAUAUGCAGGUAUCCUUUUUUCCAAAUUGGGUUUGCGAUAAAUUAUCUUCUAUGAUGAGACAGUUCCUUUGGAAGGGUCAAGUUGAUGGUAGAGGUCUUUCUCUUGUUAAUUGGAGGACCGUGAUCACUCCAAAUUGGUGCGUUGGGUCACUUGAUCAAUCUUUUUGGUUUGACAAUUGGAGUAUUGAGGGCCCAAUUGCUCAAGAUGUCCCUUUUGUACAUAUAUCUGACUCUGAUUUAACUAUUAGAGACGUUUGGAAAGAUGGUCAAUGGAAUCUCCAUGAUAUUUUCUCUAUCAUUCCAGAAGAUGUCAAACAGCGUUUGAAUGCUUAUAAUCCGGAUUUGAAUGCUGGAGAGAGUUCGGGUUGGUCGUGGGGUGUGGCAUCUUCUAGACUCUACUCAGCUAGGAGUGGGUACAGUUGGCUAGCCAAAAGAAAGUUUGACUGGAAUGAGCAUGAUAAUUGGUUGUGGGUAUGUCGUCUGCAUAUUUCUGAGAAGUAUAAGUUCUUGAUUUGGCUCAGUCUCCAUAAUGCUAUUCCUACAGCAGAGUUUCGUUUGGGUCGUGGUUUAGCUUUAUCUAGCACCUGUCAUCGGUGUCAGAAUGGUUCUGAAUCCAUUCUUCAUUGUCUUCGGGAGUGCCCUAGUGCCAAGGAGGUCUGGACCCUUUUAGGCUUGUAUUCAGAUAACUCGAAUUUACAUGAUUGGCUCUACAGAGGUGCAAGGAGUGGAGAUGCUUUUCUUUUCUUUUCGACUAUCUGGUGGAUUUGGAGAAGCAGGAAUCAUGACUUAUUUAAUAUAGAUGAUUCAUGGAGUGCUAGUAAAGUGGUGAGUUUGAUUCGUAGUUCAGUAAGGGAGUUUCACACUAUUUUUGCUAUGCAUCAAUCUCUGUCUCCUCUUUCACUUUGUUUGCAUUGGGUUCCACCUCCAGUUCAUUCUGUUAAAUUGAAUUGUGAUGCUAGUUGGUUUGCUCCUUCUGGCUAUGCUGGUUUUGGUUGUAUUAUUCGCACUGAAAAAGUCGAAGUGUGCAACUGUUUAGAAGCUCUUUUCUUGGUAAACCAAAGAAUGCUUAGUAAGGAUAUUCCGGAAUGGGAUUUGGCAAAGCAUAUUCAGGAGGUUAUGAAUUGGAAUUGGAGAGUCUCUAUUCUUUUAAUUCAGAGGACUGCAAAUAGUGUUGCAGAUAUGGCUAAAGCAGCUGCUUCUGUCGCGGAUAUUCACUCGAAUUGGAGCCAACCAUGGAGUGAGCUUCAACAUCUAAUAGAUUUAGAUAUGACCCUAGCCAAUUAA